AUGCUACGCCAAUUAUUCGUCUUUUACUACGUGCUGGCCGUCGUCGUCGUGGCCUUCGAUAAGCGGCAGUGGAUGAAGGGAAAGUACACGCAGGAGAAGCAGCCUCAAUUCCCCCAUUCCGACGAUGAUGGUCUUGGAAAUGAGAACAGCAAGCACCCGAUUUCCCGGCGUGUCCUUCGCUGGGAACGAUCCGCGGAGCCGCUUUUUGAGCCCGACGCCGAUUUCCCGCUGCCCACUGAUCUCCAGGUGUUGCCCAGCGACCUCGAUUUCGUCAAAGUUCGACCUUUCAGACAUCUACCCGCCAAGACGAAGCCCUCUUUGACGAACAAUGAAGUCGACUACGACCCCGCUGUUGAAUUU